AUGGUUGAAAAAGUGCCAGAUUCAACAUAUGAAAUGGUUGGAGGACUUGAUAAACAGAUUAAAGAAAUCAAGGAAGUCAUCGAAUUGCCUGUCAAACAUCCCGAAUUGUUCGAUGCACUCGGUAUUGCUCAGCCUAAAGGAGUGCUUCUUUAUGGACCGCCCGGAACUGGAAAGACUCUUUUAGCACGUGCUGUUGCUCAUCACACUGAAUGCACUUUUAUCCGUGUUUCUGGUUCGGAACUUGUUCAGAAGUUCAUUGGAGAAGGUGCUAGAAUGGUUCGUGAACUGUUCGUCAUGGCUCGUGAACAUGCUCCAUCAAUCAUUUUCAUGGAUGAAAUCGAUUCGAUUGGAUCGUCAAGAGUCGAAGGAUCGAGUGGUGGCGAUUCUGAAGUACAGAGAACAAUGCUCGAGUUGCUCAAUCAGUUGGAUGGUUUUGAGGCUACCAAGAACAUCAAGGUAAUCAUGGCGACGAAUCGUAUCGAUAUUCUGGAUUCCGCGCUCCUCCGUCCCGGACGUAUCGAUCGAAAAAUCGAAUUUCCGGCUCCAGACGAGAAGGCACGUGCACAGAUUCUGAAGAUUCACUCUCGGAAGAUGAAUCUGAUGCGUGGAAUUCGAAUGGACAAGAUUGCUGAGCAGAUUCCAGGUGCAUCUGGAGCAGAAGUGAAAUCAGUUUGUACGGAAGCCGGAAUGUUUGCACUCCGUGAAAGACGUAUUCAUGUUACACAAGAGGAUUUCGAGAUGGCUGUUGGAAAAGUGAUGCAAAAGGAUUCCGAUAAGAAUAUGUCCGUCAAGAAGUUGUGGAAAUAA